AUGCUGUCAAAGAAUGAGUCAAUGGCCUAUAGGAAAGAAUUGCUCUGGUGGAGGAACGUGAUAGAGAUAGGUGAUUCAAUGGAGGAAGAGGGAUUUGUUUCACAGAUUACUUGUAAAUUAGGAGAUGAUUCACUUGUGUCUUUCUGGAACACUCGUUGGCUUGGUUCAUCUUUGUUGAGGAGGCUCUUCCCUGAUCUCUUUGAAGCUUCUAAGAAGAAAUACGGUGUUGUCAUGGAUAUGGGAGGGUGGGUUGAUGAUGUGUGGCAAUAG